AUGGAGAGUGACACAAACACCCUUACUUCCUCUCCCACGUUUUCUCACUCCUCUAAUACCCCUUCUUCUUCCCCUCCCCAAGUUGUCAUGAGCCCUUGUGCUGCGUGCAAAAUCCUUAGGCGAAGAUGUGUUGAGAAAUGUGUCUUGGCACCUUAUUUUCCUCCCACUGAACCUGCCAAGUUUACCACUGCUCACCGAGUCUUUGGUGCCAGCAACAUCAUCAAGUUCUUACAGGAACUUCCAGAGUCUCAGAGAGCUGAUGCAGUGGCGAGCAUGGUUUAUGAGGCUGGUGCAAGAAUAAGAGACCCUGUAUAUGGAUGUGCAGGUGCAAUUUGCCAGCUCCAGAAACAAGUCAAUGAACUUCAAGCACAGUUAGCAAAGGCACAAGCUGAGGUUGUAAACAUGCAAUUCCAACAAGCCAAUCUCGUGACCCUAAUUUGCAUGGAAAUGUCACAGACUCCACAGGAAUCUCCACAACAAUCCACGGACAAUUUCAUCACAAGUCCUUCCCACAGCAGUGGUUAUCAGAACAACCUCAAUUUCUUUGAGGACAACACCAACCUAAACUCUUUGUGGGAGCCUCUUUGGACAUGA